CGCCUGGUUUCACCACGCCGCGCAUGACGACACCGCCCGCUGCACUGCACCCCCGCUGCCCGCCGCCGGCUUCAUGAAAUACGGCGCGUGAGCCUUCGAUCCGCUCCUUCCACCUUCGCCAUGGUAAACAGACUGGACCGCCCCGGCGGCCUCGAGUUCCGCUCGCUCUCGUCCGACCCGCCCUCCAACGCCAGCAUGAGCUCCCUCUCGCUGCACGACCUCCCCAGCCCGCGCACCGGCGAGGUGCCGCCCGCCCUCUCCCCUCUGGACGCCCUUGCUAUGCAGGGCCGGCUGCUGGCCAAGCGAUUCGAGCAGGAGGAGAAGGCUGGCCGGCGCAUCAGCCGCCUCGCGCCCCUCACAAUCCAGAAUGAGUUUGGUAACCGCUCUGGCUACUUCUCUUCGCUCUCCAAUUCCACCGUCACCUCGCCCAACGAGGAGCUACAGCCUCCCCCUAGGAGCCCCGGACAGCAGCCGCAAAACUCUCCGCGCGCGCAGACGUCGACCGACAAGCACAAGUCGCUGUACCCCAUGUUCGGCGGCGACGACGACGACGACGAUUCGCUGCGUGAACCGCCGAUGCCAUACCGAAACGUUCUUUCCCCCAUUGGCGAGCAGGCUGUGCCUCCCCAGCCCCGGGGUUACUUCGACAUCCCGCGAUCAAUGUCGCCGGAACCAGCAAUUGGAUUGCAGGAGGCCACACCGGUAUCGCCCAAUGUUCCUCGGUCCAACGCGCACGCCCUGCAGCAAGCCAUGAAGGCCCAGCAAAACCUCGAUGCACCACCCCACAGACAGCAAUCAAACUCUAGCCUGCGGCCACCGAGGUCACCCGGUUCGCAAAGAGCUCGAUCUCCCAAGAUGUCCCCGACCGCCAGGUCUGUCCAGAAUGACAGUGCGGACGAGGUCGAAGACAUGUCACUUGGUGGCUCCUACGAUUCUCUUCACAGGAACCUGUCUCCAAGCUCUAGCCUGUCUAGGUCUCAUUCUCCCCUUACUCCUUUCUCCAACCAGUCUAUUCCCCGCUCGCCCUCUGCAUCUUCGGAGCGAUCGACUGCUAGUCACCAACUUCCUCGCCCAGCUUUCGCCAACUUCUCGCGGCCUAGGAGCUCCACGAGCAGGCAGCCGUCGUUCGACGCACGGCCAAGCAUGGAUCGUGCGCCGUCGCGACAGGCUUCUGACGAGAGUGCUUACAUGCGACCAUCCCUCGAUAAUCACCCCGUUCGACAAGACUCUACGGAGAGCUCCAUCUUCCCCCCAUACGCAAAUGACGUAGUUCAUACUCCUGUGAGCAUGACGAGUGAGGACUGGCGGCGCUCAACCGACUAUUCGAACCAGGCUGCCACGUAUACUUACUCUAAAUUCGAUCUCCCAAGAGGUCGCAAGCUGGAUCGUAAGUCUAUCGGCAUUGAAGACUUUUUGAACAGCCAGAUUGGCUGGGACCAGCCAAAGCAGUCCACAGCAGGAGCACGGCCGCCUUCACCAGUGUCGCCGCCCCGUUCUGCCAGCCGACAGCGUCCCUCCAUCGAAACACGGGGCAUUUCAACCGAACGUGGUGCGCCCUCGCUCACUUCCAGUAACAGCACCAUCCGCCCGGGUACCGCAUCAGAUCAGAUCACGGCCCAGGAGCACUGCGACAAGGGUGUCGAACUCCACGAGGCUGGUGAGUUGAUGAAGUCCACCUACCACUUUCGCCUUGCCGCCCGUGCAGGGCUCGCCGAAGCCAUGUUCUGGUACGGACUUGCAUGCCGCCAUGGCUGGGGAAUGCGCGAGAACCAAGCCGAAGCCUUCCAGUGGCUUCGUAAGGCUGUCGACUCUGGCCAGCUCGAGAUCGCCGAGGACGAAGAUCAAACCAAGCACGGUCAGCGGACCGAUCUGAUAAAGAAAAAGCAGCAUAAAGCACAGUACGGUGUUGCCAUCUACGAGCUUGGAAAAUGUUACAUGAAUGGUUGGGGCGCAAAGCAAGACAAGAGCCUUGCUGUUCGCUGCUACGAGAUUGCCGGUAACUGGGGAGAUGCCGAUGCCCUUGUCGAGGCUGGCUACUGCUACGCUGAAGGUGUAGGCUGCCGGAAGGACAUGAAGAAGGCAGCCAAGUUUUACAGAGCUGCCGAAUCGAAGGGCGUCAGCAUGGUCGGUAACAGCUGGAUCUACAAAGACAAAUAUCUGGAUGAGAGCACGUCCACCUCGGACACCCGAUCGAUCCGCUCCGGUCGUUCUGAAAAAAAGGAACCUGGCUCCGCGAAGAAGCGUGAGAAGAGCCGCACGCGGACGAUCUUCGGUCGGAAGAAGAGCUUCGCUACCUGAGCUACAAAGAUUGCCUAACCUUCACACGUGUUAUGACUGGUCUCUUUAUCUCAUUCGGCGAAGGCGUUACGGGCUCUGCCUACGUUCACAUCGGCGGCUGGCUGAUUUUGCAUAUACCCCAAUCAACACAGCGACCACGGCUACGGCCUCGCUGCUGGUUUCAUCUACUUCGAAAUCCUCAACUUUGUCACUGGAACUUCAUUCGAUUUGACUUCUCGUCACAAAGUUUUCCACAAUACUUCCGACUGUGCCUGUCCGGC